AUGGCGGCACAGUCAGGCAUCAUGUCGCCCCUCGGCGCCAGCUGCAUGCGCCGGCCAGCCGCGCCUUCGCCCGCGCGGAAACUCGGACAGCGGAGAUGGAUGACACAGCGCUCCAGCAGCGCGAGCAGGCAGGAGCGCAUGUUCUGUGCGCUGCACACGCGCCGGGCGUACCUGGCGCAGGCCCUCGGCCUGACGCUCGCGCUCGCGGCGGCGCACCCCCGCCUCGUGGCCGCGCGGUCGACGGACGGGUCCACGGACGGCAGCGCCGACCAGGUGGUGCUGGGGGGCGUCGAAGACCCCAUGACGGCCCCGCCCGUGCGCCUCGAGCACAAGGGCCGCAUCGUCGCCAUCGGCGACCUGCACGGAGAUCUACGCAAGACCCUAGUGGCGCUCAAGGUGGCGGGCGUGAUUGAGGAGGACGACGGGCGGCCGGUGUGGUGCGGCGGCGACACGCUCGUUGUGCAGGUCGGGGACAUUCUGGACCGCGGGGACAACGAGGUGGCCAUCCUGUCGCUGCUGCGCGAGAUCGGGCGGAUGGCGCGGCAGGACGGCGGCGACGUGAUCGUCCUGAACGGCAACCACGAGUCGCUGAACGUGGCGGGGGACUUUCGGUACGUGACCCCGGGGGCGUUCGUGGAGUCCGCCAUCGCCGCGGGCCUGCGCGGGGAGGAGGCGUACGAGUGGGAGCACCAGCUGCGCGCGCGGUUCGCGCUCUGGUCGCCCGGCGGCGCCCUCGCGCGGGAGCUGGCCAAGAACCCUACCGUGCUCAUUGUCAACGACACGGUGUUCGCGCACGGGGGGCUCAUGCCCGAGCACAUCGACUACGGGCUCGACAAGAUCAACCUCGAGGUCGCGCAGUGGAUGCGCGCGGACCCCACGGGCGAGGACGGCGGGCAGGCGCCGCCGCCCUUCAUCGCCAUGGGCGACGCGAACUCGAUCAUGUGGAGCCGGCUGUACAGCCGGGAGCGCUUCGCGAGCCCGUACGACAAGUACCGGGCGUGCAUGGUGCUGACGAACACGCUGGAGAAGCUCAACUGUUCGCGGAUGGUGGUGGGGCACACCCCGCAGAUGAGCGGGUGCAACUGCGAGUGCGAGGGGCGGAUAUGGCGCGUCGACGUGGGGAUGUCGUCCGGCGUGCUCGACGCCAGGCCCGAGGUGCUGGAGAUCACGCAGGACGAGGCGGGGCAGAGCAGUGUCCUCGUCCUCUCCACCAGCAAGCCCAUGGUAUACUCCCCCGAGUCCUCCAUGUAA